AUGGAGUCUCCUAAACCAUCAACAGCAGCUUCGGAACCAGCACCAAGAAAAUAUACCGGUAUGGAUUAUACUGGAUCUCGACCUUUCAUAUGUAAAGAUUGCAGAAGACCAUUUGCUAGACAAGAUUCACUUGCUCGUCAUGAAAGAUUACAUACUCGGAGGGAAAUCAACUAUCCCUCACCACCUUCGAGUAUGAUUUCCCAAUCAAGUAUCCCAUCUAUAUUACCUGUGGUUGACACAAAUCUUCAAGUCGAGACACCAAGAUCACAACAAGGAAUUAUGAACAAUAGUGGGGCCAGUCAUUCUAUAAUUGGGAAUACACCUUCUACAACAGAAGAUAUUGAUUUUGAACUAAUCUGGCCAGAUUCGGAGGAUUUGUUUGAAACUUUGAUGUCUUCUGAUCAAAUGAUUCCGUUGCAAAUGCCAAUUGGGAUACUACCCGUACCCAUCACAACUCAAUCACAUGUGAACAAUGGAAGUUUUGGGAUUCCAGGUCCGUUUCAACAAAAGGGAUCAAUUGGUUCUAUCCCAGUAGGGGAAAGUCAUCAAGCUGUGCAUAAUGUUAGUGAGAUGGUUACUAGUUUGUCAUCAACUGUUACGGCUGCUGUUGAAGCAACAUCUCUCACCUCGGUUUUCUUAGAUGAAUGUUUACAUAUGUUCUUCGUAAGAUUCAUACCCACAUUUCCAGUAUUACAUCGAUCAACAUUUGUCUUUCGAGAAUGUACUCAACCUUUACUUCUUAACGCUAUGGCUAUCGGUUCUUUAUAUCUUGGACCUAAAGAUUCAGUCGCAAAAGGUGAAGCUUUAUGGAGACUUGCACAUGUAGCAGUUGCAACAUCUUGGGAAACAUUAAUCACUCAUAAAGGUCCCUAUGAUAGUUGUCAGGGAGUACAAUUAGUUGUUACUGCUCUACUUGCUCAAAUAUACGGCGCUCUCUCAAGAAAUCGAGUCAUCCGAACCACAAGUCAAGCAUUUCAUGCUCUUGGAUUCUUUUGGGCAAGACAAUGCGCAAUUUCUGAUAGUGAACCAUACUCAAGAAACAAUCUCCCCAGCCAAAAUUCAACCGAUGAAGAAAAGGAUAGAGCUUGGAAAUUUUGGGCAGCGAAAGAGAUUCAACAACGUGCAUUAUUGGGUCAUUACGUAUUAGAUGGUUUAAUAUCUCGAAUGUCAGGGGAAACUCCAUCAGUUCGACAUGCAGCCAAUCAAUUGGGUUUACCCAGUAGUGAAACAGCAUUUGAAGCCAGAACUGCCAAUGAAUGGCUUAAUCAUAUGAGAUCUCAAGAACCAUCUCAAUACUCCUUUCGAAGUAUCAUUCGAUCAUUAUUCGACCCAACAAGUCAACCUCUGACGAGUUUCCAUGCCUUCUCGGCAUUUUCCCUUCGUGUCAUUCUAGAAGGUCUUCAAUCCUUAGUUUCAGAUUGUGAUUCCGAUGAUCUCUCUACAGUUGGUGUACCCACCAAGCUCGAAUCACGAAAAGCUCUAAGUCACGUCUUUGAAGCUAUAUCCAUAAGUUCCAAUCUUUCACAUUCGGAACGACUGGAGCUUUUACUCAGAUGGCAUACUAUCUGUCUCGAUACUUGCAAAGAUUCAUCACUACUUUGCAGAUCCAUCUGUUCUCGUUACGGUAUCGUACAGCAUGUUUGCGGCGGAAAAAAUAUCAUGAAACCCGAACAAGAUUUGAUCAGUUGGGCGGGUACAGAAGAAGCAAGAAAAGCCCUCGUACAUGCUAUUGCUAUCCAAGAAAUUGUAGAACAAUUACCAAGAGGCAGAGCACAUGUUAUUCAUAUCCCUAGUUCAUUAUUCGCAUCCGCAACGGUUUAUUGUGUUUUUUCUCUGGCGGGUCAGGGUGCGGUUAAUGUACCAAAUAUAGUUGAUUGGCAAGUUGUUUUGGCGACGAAUGAUUUGGCGGAUUCUUCGAUUCAGUCGGGUUCUUCUGGUCAUUCGGAGACGCAAUUAUUCUUGCGAGGUGCUACUUCAUCAUCAUCAUCAUCAUCGUCAUCUAGAGGAUUGGGCACAACGAAAAAUCUCCUCUAUGAACUUAAUUCUAUGCAGAAACUUUUUAAAUGUUUGUGUUCGCAAUGGGGUAUUGCUUUUGAUAUGGAAGAUGUUUUGGAUCAGUGGAAUACUCUUUGUCAUUGA